AUGGCCGCCGCCGUUCCUCUCCUCUCGCCGCCGAUCUUAUCCAGAUCCUCCGCCGAUCAUUUCUACCGUUUCCCCCGCUCCUCCGCCACCAGAAAUUCCAGUAUGGAUCUCCGCGAGUUGAUCGCCAGUCAAACCGACGUCGCUUUGUCACUCUCCAAGCAAGUCCUGCUGACGACGGAAGCCAAGAACUCCAACACGGUGCUCUCCCCGCUGUCGAUCCACGUCGUGCUGAGCCUCAUCGCCGCCGGCUCCAAGGGGACCACUCAGGAUCAGUUGCUCUCUUACCUGAAGACAAAGUCCGGCGAACACCUCAACGCCUUCUCUUCCGAGCUCGUCUCCGUGGUUUUCGCCGACGGAAGCGGUGCUGGAGGUCCGAGCGUGUCUUUCGCUAAUGGGGUCUGGGUGGACAAGUCGAUCUCUCUCAGGCCUUCUUUCAAACAGGUUGUGGACAAUGUGUACAAGGCUGCUUCUGAUCAAGUUGAUUUCCAAACCAAGGCUGCUGAAGUAGCUAAUGGAGUAAAUGCAUGGGCUGAGAAACAGACCAAGGGAGUUAUCAAGGAAGUCCACCGCUUCCGCUUCUCCCUCGCCCAAAUUUCCCUUCCCAGUCGUCCCCUCCAAAACCCCAUCCCGCCCAAUUUUCACAACCACGAGGCUCAACGUCUCGUCUCCGGCGAACAAACCGCCUGUCAGCACUUCGUCCAAGCUCACCGCCCAGAAAAAGCAGCCGACGAAGAAGUUUCCACAAACGCCACACCACCCACCAUUUUCCCAGAUUCCAACCAUCCGAGAUGGAUUCGGCGCCGAAGCUCUGAGAAGAAAGAGAGUAAGUUGUGGGCGCAAGGAGUUGUCACAUCCAACUGGUUCUCCAAAAAAAAAAAAAAAAAAAAUGGUGUUGCUCUCUCUGCUUGUCAGAAGGAAAAGACAGGUGGAGUUCUCGAGGCAAACAACGGGUUUAUCGAGGCAGCGUCUGGUAGUCCCAAAACGCGCCUUCCACAACGAAGCUGCGCCUAA